AUGAGAAACCGUCCUAGAAAUAUCCAGGAAUGGUUCUACUAUACACUGUUGGAAAGUCCAGCGUUUCAUAGGUUCGUUGGGAAGGUAUACCGAAGAGUUAACGGUAUUAAGGAUAUACCUCCCUUGGAACAUAAACAGACUCUUCAGUUUCUUUACAAACCUACAAAAGCUCAUAAAAUAAAUGCUUUUAAGAUGCUAUUCAUUGAUGAAUAUAGAGCCACAUUUGGUCUUCCAAAGAAGACGGAUAAGUAUCUAAAUUAA